CGAUGGAUCUCCAUCUCUUCAACUGAACAUCACUGCAAGUCUAAAGUGAGGUGAGGUGGGCCAUGGGUCCGGCGUGGGAACAUCGACGACGAUCGUAACUGAAGUGUUCGGCGGAGCCAGGGCACGAUGAGCGAAGGGUACAAAGACUGACACGUGAUCUACCUGGUGCUUGAAAGAAGUACUGAAGAAAAAGGUUUGUAAGACUCGAAUACUAUUAUACGCUCCAUUGUGUGGUAUUGCAUUCAGCCAGAUAACAUAGUUGACGGGGACCAUAGCCCGCAUUGCCUUGACGUUUUCUUUUACCGUAGCAGGUAUUCGAUCAACCACCCGUCAACACGUGCCAUCACAGCGAGGGCUCCCAGGGAGGUCACCUUCUUGCACACGGUUGUAACGCGCAAUAAGAGACGAUGACGACUGUUACGACAAAUAAAUCAGAGCUGGAGCUUCACAAACUCCUUGAACGAGCAGUCCUUCUCUCCUACUACGACAAAUUCAUCGAGAUAGGCGGGGACAAUGUGCAGCAGCUUCGUGACUCCAGUGAUCAAGAUAUCGAGGAGUUGAUCAACAUGGUAGAUAUGGCCAGAAAGCCACCUCAUGUCAAGAGGUUCAAGAAAGUACUGGCAGAGUGGAAACCAGACACAGUUGCAGCAACGUCCACUCCAGCGGAUGGAGCAGAAGGGGAGCUUCACAACCUACUUGGAGGAGCGGAUCUUCUCUCCUACCACGACAAGUUCAUGGAGAUAGGCGGGGACAAUGUUCAGCAGCUUCGUGACUCCGUGGGGAACGAUUUCCAGGAAGUGAUUGACCUCGUUGAUAUGGCCAGAAAGCCAUAUCACGUCAAGAGACUAAGGAAAGCACUGGGCCAGUGGACAGGACAGUCAGUCAAGGUAACAUCCACUGCGGCCGAAGAAUCAGAAGGGGAACUUCACGAAUUACUCCGACGAGCGGAUCUUCUCUCCUACCACGACAAGUUCAUGGAACAAGGCAAAGACAAUGUGCAGCAGCUUUGUGACUCAACCGACGAAGACUUCCAGACACUCACCGAGCACGUAGGAAUGGCCAGAAAGCCCCUUCACUUGAAAAGAUUGAAGAACGCACUCAAACAGUGGUCAGGCCAUUCAGCCGUAAUGACGUCCAUUCCUUCAAACGAGUCGGAGCGUGAAGUUCACGAACUGCUUCAGCGAGCGGAUCUCCUCGCCUACUACGACAAGUUCAUCGAGAAAGGCUUAGACAAUGUGCAGCAGCUUUCUGACUCGACGGAAGAAGAGUUCCAGGAGUUCAUGGAUCUUGUUGGCAUGGCCGAAUUCCCUUUUCACGUGAUGAGGUUGAAGGACGAACUGGAACAGUGCACAGGGCAUCCAGGAACUGAUCCGGUAGCUCAAUUUCAUCUCCACAUGGAAAGGUCGCAACAGUGGAAAGACGUCAGGAAGGAAAUGCACGAAGCUAUUGCGGCCAAAGAUGAGGCUCGUGUUCUAAAGUGCCUGGAUGCUGCGCCUGCAUUGAAACUGUGGUUGGAUCCUGACACAAAAAAGUCAGCUCUUUACAAAGCAGUCGAAGAGAAAGCUUUCCGUAUUCAUGGUCUCUUAGUCUCGCGCGAAUGCGCCCUCAAAGACGACGAAGAAUCAUCGUGUUACCAAGGUCUCACACGCCUUGAACGAGCUGAAAUUCGUCGGCAACAAUAUUACACCACCAAAUACGAGGACUCUUACAUCGACUAUCUGAAAAGCAAAUCGCGGAGCGCCACCGGAUGUGAUGACUUCGGUGUACGAUUGGAGAAGAUGUUUAAGCAGCUCUCCAGUGAUGAAGUAAACAGGAUUAUUCUCAAAGUUGUUUCAACAGCACCACACCUGGAAAUAGUGUUCGACUCUGUGGCUGAAAACGUUCAGGGGAUUACUGGAUCCGGCGGGUGUUCCACACGCGGUCUGACCUAUCCUGAAGAACAAAUGGUUUGUGUUUGCGGCAGCAUAGAGAAGCGAGAAGUUUGGGGAACUCUCAUUCAUGAGUUGUCCCACAUGGCGCUGUCCUUAGUUUACAAGAAUGAGGGAAAGCCAUAUAACCGCGGCGACAAGGAGAAGGAACAUCAUUACCAAGAAAUUCUGAACGAUGUUAAGGGAAGGAAAAAUAAUGUGCAUUUCCUUAUCCAGAAAGCCUUCGACAAUAAUGAAGAAGAAGAGCUAAUUGUACGGAUUCCUCACAUACUGACCGAAUGUGGUUGCGACGAAGGAAAUAGGAUUCUGGAGCUUCAAGCACCGAAACUACUAAAGUUUUUCAAGGACGCUGUCAUGCCAGACAUGCAGAGAUACAUUCUGAAUGGAAUCCGGUCCAUAGAUUCAACGGAAAUCGAAAAAGAAAACACAAGACUUGGAAAAGCUUUCCACAUUGGCCAAUUCAAAGUCAAUUUCGAGAAGCCGCUGGACCUGAGUGACCUGCAAGAUAUGCCUCUUCUCGUCCUUGCGGGUCCAGAACUGAGUCUCCUCGAAAUAAUGGCUCAUAACACUGUGCAAUCCACGGGGCAGCCAUACUUGUUUUUCGAAGCAAACCAAAUGGACUCUACGCUGCAGCAUGUGUUAUUGAACUACAAAUGUCGAUUGGUGCUUGUAACAGUUUAUCCAAACAAAAACGUCCAAGAUAUUAUUGCACUUCUGAGUGAAGUAUCCCGUGUGACUGGAACAAACGUCAUCUUGGUUGUGAAAAACAGUGACAAAGAGUACUUGUCGAAUUUGUACAAAUUCUUUGCCGGGAAACAUGAAGUUCGCAGUAUCGUUGAAGCAGACAUCGAAAAUGUCACGCGCGACUGCAAAGAAGAAUUGUUUAAAAAUUCUUCGUUAAGCCUUCAGGGCGGAUAUGUUUCAAAAUUUCCGAAUGUAAUGCAUACUGAUGCUUUCUUACGCUGCUUAGACACUUCCGUUUUCCUAAACCUGUGCCAAUAUAAUUCAAUUGACCUGGGACUUCGUCUUCCUGAACUUGAAGGUUCUGUCAAGAACUGUUAUGUGGAGCGAGUGUUUACAAGGACUGUGCAAAUUGACCUGAAAGCGUGCAGACUGGACGAUGACAAGAAUGAGGCUUUCGCACUUUUGGGGCCUCCCGAUGAUUGUGCUGCAAAACUUGUACCUUGGGGCUACGAGGCGAAACAUCAGGAAAAUUUAACGAAGUUUGAAAAAUUCGUGGUCCUUCAAGAGUCACGUGAUUACGACGCUCUCCUCAACAACGAUAAAUACAGAGAGAAGGUAGUGCACCUGCUAAGGCUAAACGAAUACCGUAAUGGACUCUUGUGGACCAAAUCAAAUGGACGUCUCAGUCACCUUCCAAUGACGGGAAGUGACUGUUACACCGAGGACGCUUUGCUGAAAGUGCCCGAGAAGGUCGUUGUCGUCUCUGGAGCACCUGGUAUGGGAAAGAGUGUGUUGGCAUCUCGGUUGUGUACACAGUUAAAAACUCAAGACGAGAAGCGGUGGGUGCUCUACGUCGACCUUCCUCAGAGAAUGGCAUCGGUUGAAACUGCAUCGCCUAGUCUGAAAUAUCUGGCGGAUCUGUGCCAAGUACAAAAAUAUGGCCUGGAGUUCGCUCUGUUCGAGGAAAGCUUGGACAAUGGAAACCCUUUCAAGGUCGUUGUCAUGUUGGAUGGCUUCGAUGAAGUCAAUGAGGAAUGUCGAAGGUGUGUGGUGGAACUUGUACAGUUUCUAGCUAAGAGAAAAAUUUACAAGGUGUACCUUUUUACUCGCACUGUGUUUAAACGCCAUGCACAAGAUAGCUUGCACACGGUGUCAUACGAUCUCGUUCCUUUUUCUGAAGAAAACCAGAAUGAUUUCCGUACAAGAUAUAGGGUCCAAGGAGAAACUUCAGCGACCAGGAAUUACGCACUUGCGGAAAAAUUCCAGCAACUGUACGCGAAAUUGAAAGAGAAAAACAAGACAAUCCUGGAAACCCCUCUCCUACUUCAUAUGAUGGCUCAGAUGGAGAGCGGGGAAAUUACGAAGUUGAACGAUUACUCUUCGCUGCUUAAUAUUGCUGACAUCUCCGCCGGCCGAAGUAUAUACACUGUACACAUCUACAAGAUGUUUGUCGAGUACAAGCACCUUGUGCACCGCAAAGAGAAGGUGAAGGAAGACAUCGUCCUACGUGCCACGCGAGGGGAGCACGAUGCAGCGCAGUCUUCAUUCUACGCAAACUAUCGUCUCCUCGCUAUGAUGUGUAUAUUUCCUCAGGAUGCCUUGGAAAUCCUAUUGAACGAAGACGAAUUAGUGCAGUUAGAUCCAGAAGGAAGUUUCAUCAAACGCGUUGCAGACAAUUCUCUCAAAGAAGGCUUUGUGAAUGGAAUUAACGAUGGAGGAACUCCCGAGUUCGUUCAUAAGACUUUCGCCGAAUUUUUCGCAGCACACUAUCUCCUCGAGAAGGCAAAGAUCAGACAAAAACUGAGCUUUAGGAACAAAGUCCUGGAAUUGUAUGGUAUUGUGGACUACGAGGGUGUAAUGCUGUUGUUCGAUGGACUGGCGUCGGCGUCCUAUCCACUUCACUCUGCUGUGAUGAACAACGACGCUUCAUAUUUUGAGCAACCCGGUGUCAAAAGAGUGGAUAUGUUCGAAGUCGAUGAGCUUGAAAGAACUGCAUUGCACGUAGGAGCCCUGCAUUCUGAUGAAGCAACAUUGAAGAGGCUUCCAAUGGACGAUGAACUAAUCAAGGAUGAUUUGUUUCAAAUGUCACCAUUCGAGUACGUAGGACUCUUUUUCCCAUGGGACGCAGAGUGGACGGAUGAUCCGUGGGAAGAGACUGUGUGGGAAGAAUCUCCUAUGAUAUAUUUGCCGAAUGCGACUAUUUGGAACAAUUAUUUGUCGACUGUGGCUAUAAAGAAAUAUCCGCAGACUGAGACUUCACCUGUGCAAGAGAGACUCGACGUAUUAUGCGCUCGAUGCAGUGAGGAAGCAGUGAAACAUUCUACCGAAAAUCUGCGCAGGUGUGAAACCUUCGAGCAAAAAAGACUUUUCCUCGAGCGAGCAAUAUUCACGGCUGUGAUACACGACCUACCAGGCAUUUUAGACGUGUAUCUGAGCUAUGUGUCCCCGAAAGAGAGUACCGUAAUCCUAGACAGAGACAUCACGAACCAAUUAGAAUCACGCAGGGAACGAAGCUUGAGAUGUUCUGCAGAGCCUUCGGUAACUGGAAACCUUGAUGCCUUUGCAGACAGUGACUAUAGAACUGCCCCUUUUUACGCAAAGUCCGAGGCUGUUUGUAAAAUGCUCCUUCCUUACUGCGAUAUGGGAAUUCUUGACAAGGAUGGAAACACAAUGUUGCACAUUAGUGCGAAUGAAGGAAAUCGGGAGACAACACAGUUUCACCUCGCACAUUUAUCCGUUAACAAGAGAAAUGGACACUUUCAAACUCCUUUGCACUUGGCUGAAGAUGCAGAGAUUGCGAAGCUACUUCUGCCUCUUUAUCCCUCAGUGAAUGUUCUCGAUUAUUAUCAACGAACUCCUAUGGAUAGAUGUGCAGAGAGAGAUUAUUUGGAGACCAUGAAGUUGUUACUCCUUCGCACUCGAACAUAUGACGCACAUCACAUGAGACUGAACACAAUACUUCAUGUGGCUUCUGGCUCUCGUUCUCUUAAAGCUGUGACGUUUCUUCUACCUCACACAAAUGCGCACAUGCUUAACUACAAAGGAGAAACGUGCUUAGACGUUGCUUGGACAAUUUGGAAAUAUCGUUUUAGAUUGAAGUCCAACGUUUUGAGGUGUCUCAUCCCACACUCGCUCGUGAACUCACCUGAAACGUUCGGCUCAUCACCGUUGUACGUCUGGGCGAAUGAUGGUGUAAGGAAAGUGAUUCAAACUCUAUGGCCUUAUUUGCGACACAGUGACCCUAGGCAUGCACAGAGGAUCAGCAGAGGAUAUGUGAAUGUGGAACUGAAUUGGGAUUUCCAAAAAGAAAUUUGGUGUCUGAAACUUCUCUUCCUCCACUUAGAUGACAUCGCUGGUGAUCCUUAUAGCCGUAAACUGCUACAUGAUAUGGCCAAGAGAAAGCUUUUUUGGAUACAAAAAGUAAAUUAUAUUAAUUACAUGAAGCUGUUACUGCCGCAUUUAAAUCUCACUGAGCAGGAUUAUGUAAAAUAUAACGCACGAAAUAAUGACAUUGUUACCUUAUAUCGGAGAUGGUCGGACAUGAAUAACACCGAUGAUCCCCACGUUCACGAUGUCAACGCGGAAAUGGUCGGCGACGAUGGCAAUACAAAGUUGCUGAUAGAAGCAGAGGAAGGUAAUGUGGAAGCUGUGGAACUUCACCUCUCCCCUUCAUCCGUGUGCUUUACAGAUGAAGAAGAGAGCACUGCAUUGCACUUGAGCGCGUGGAAGGGACACACAAAUGUGGUGAAGCUUCUUAUUCCUUUUCAUACAUCAGUGGACGUGAUCAAUGUGCAUCGAACGACGCCCAUGCAUGUGUGCGCCUUUGGAGGACACCUGUAUGUUGUAAAGUUAUUAUUACUCCGCUCUAGAAUCAGUUCUCGUGACAAUUAUGGAAUGACGCCUCUUCACUGGGCCUGCAUAAGUGAUGCCAUUGAUAUCGUGAACUUCCUUCUUCCCCACUCAUUCCCUAAUAUGCGCGACAAGUUUGGUUCCACGUGCUGCGCUCUUUCCGCUGAAAGAAGGAAAAUGAAUGUUCUGAGAUGCCUCAUCCCUCACUCUCUUAUGAACUGUCCUAAUAGAAGAGGCCAAUCACCUACGCGAAUCUGUGCAAGUUGUUAUAUUAGAGAAGAGCUGGUGACAUUAUUGCCAUAUUCUUGUGAUUAUGACGCAGCGAGUUUAUUGGCUAUUCUCCCGCUGUCAUCUCGUAGGGGCUAUACGAGUAUGGAAGAUACGCCUUGUCUGAAACUGAUGGUACUCCACUCAGAUGUCAAGGCAGUAGAUGAGUGUUUCCGUGCACCACUCAGCCGCAUUCGAUGGUAUUAUGUAGAGAGUGAUUCAUUCUGGCGUCUAAUAGAGCCUGAGAUACCACUACUCCUGAACUAUAUUUCUUUCUUGCUUCCACAUACAAAUGUUUCUGCUAAGGACGAUGAAGGCAAGGAACUAUUACAUGGAGCCCUCCAAAGUAGCCAAGAUCCCGAAUUGGUUAGCUUCCUUCAGAAAUGGACUCGCUUGAGUGACUUCCAUUCAUGAUGCUGACGAUUGUUGGCAACGGUUGUGGUUAAGCACCAAGUGCCACUGAGCUGUCAAUGGAAACGAGCUCCGAAGGCGAUAUGGAAGUUUUAAUAGAGAUAUCAACAGCAGUAUACUGAGUCCUUGCCUUCAUCCGAGAAAGCACAAAUAUUCAUCCAGUGUCAAAAUGAAAGAAAAAAGAUCACUUUUCUGAUUUUUUGUGAUUGUGAUUAUGACUAACGCGUUUUGUUUCUUCUUGUUCCUUAUGUUACAAAGUACCGUUUCGUAGUAGGUUCAUAAGGUGAUUUGAAAAUGUGUAAAAAAUGUGUCUAUUCCUAAUGUGCUAGUUAUAUGGUUAGCUAUGAUAUGCCACAGUAUUAGAAUACGGCUGCGUGCGAUUAUGUUUAUAUAGUGAAUCUCACGUAGACUGGAGAUAACUAUAAUACAGCUGUUAUACUUUUUAGAGUGGUAAUGGCUUGUCACCAAUGUUAGUCGAAAGAUGUGUGAAGUUUAAUCCAUCUAGCAGGGUGAUACGUUUUAACACUGGAGAUAUAUGGGUCCGAAGUUUACCGCCCUUUGUGUCAAAUGUAUAUACCCAAAUGUCAAAUGUAAAUGAAAUAAAUUGUUUUUUGCACAUUGGAGAGGCCUUAAUUCAAAUUAUUUUGGAACUCUCGCUCACUUCGCUGCAGAGUUGUGUAAAGUAAAUAUUGUCGAGCGAAACACAUGUGCGAUACAGUCGUACUUUUAUUACGACCUAAUAAAUGUAAGGGUUCCAAAUUGCUUUUCCAGUUAUCGUUACAGAUUACGGAACAUAUUACUUUGAAGUAAUCAAGGUUCGUGUAAAGGAACUUCGACUGACUCAAAUAUGCCUGUUACAAAUUGGAUUUGUGUACGUGUGAUUAAAUGAUUAUAUGCAGUUGUC